AUGUUCGCAGUGCUGGCCAUAGACCAAGGAAGGGUGGCUCGUUGUCCCAAAUGUCAAGGCCUCGUCAAACCUGACAUCAUUUUCUUCAACGAACAACUCCCUCUGCCCUUCUGGCGUUACCCGGUUGACAUGCGGGAGGCCGAUCUGGUUUUAGUCAUGGGCACCUCACUUGAAGUACAGCCCUUCUCUAGAGUAAUCUAUGCUGCCAGGAAGGGAGUCCCGCGUGUUCUGAUCAACCGUGAAGCCGUGGGCAUCUUCGCCUUUUCGAAAAAACGCCGAGACUACUUAAUCCUGGGUGACAUUUCGUCAACUGUCAAAAAACUAUGUGCACUCAUCGGCUGGGCAGAAGAGUUGAACAAUAUGAUGCAGCUCGCCGAAAAAUCUCGGGUAAGAAUAUAA